AUGAUUGUUGAAGAUGAGCGGGAUGAUAAUGAAGUGGUAGACUUGGAUUAUGAACAAAUUGAUGGAGUGGAUAAUCCUUCUAUGCAAGUGUUACGUGAACAAAGUGAUGGAUUUAUGUCAUACAUUGAGAGUGGAAGAGUCAGUGGUCGUGGCCAUGGCGGUGGAAGAGUCAGUGACAAUGGCGGUGGCAUUGGCGGUGGAAUAGUCGGUGGCGGUGGAAGAGUCGGUAGGGGUGGCGGUAGUGAUUGCGGUGGCAGUGGGAGAGUCGGUGGCGGCAGCAGUAAUGGCAGCGGUAACGGUUAUGGGUUGUUGUGA